UAUUACUACUAGUAUUAAUUCUGCAACCAUGCUUAUACCUCACAUCAAGCAGUCACUCAGGUUCUGUAGAGUUCUUCAAUUACAACAGCCUGCAUUUCAAUGGAACCUCUUAAGGUUCUCCAGUUCCAAGACACAUUAUGAAAUUUUGGGUGUGGACAAAAACGUUACUCCGAAAGACUUGAAGACGGCUUAUUUAAAGCUCUGUAAAAAGUACCACCCGGAUAGUAACCCCUCGAAGGAGGCCCAGGAAAUGUUCGUGCUCGUGAACAAGGCAUACGACGUGCUGAGCAAGGCUGAGUCACGUGAGCAAUAUGACCAAUGGCUGAAGGGACCAAAGCGGAAAGACUUCUUCUCAGAGGCUGCCAACGAAACCAAAACUGCGGGCAAGAAGAGCCCGUUUCCGGACACAUCUCAGGAUUAUUACCUUCACCCAACGUUUUACAAAGAAGGAUCUAAAUUAAGGCAAGAAGCCGAGUCGGUGUGGAACUACCACCUGAAGAUGGAGCAGGGCCGUCAGAACAUGAAGGAGAUGAUGUCUAUAAAGCCUGGGGAGGGAAAGGAGAUCGCCAAAACUGUAGCAGUGAUCGUCCUCGUAGGAAUCGCAAUCUCACUUCUCUUCAGCCUGUUCUUCAAACCAUCUCGGGAAACCCGUCCAUUACCUGAGAGGGAAGAGUAUGCAAAAAAUUUAGAGAAAAGAAUGAAACUUGCAGAGGAGGCCUUGGCUAAAAAAGACAAAUAGAAGUCUGUAAAUGUCUUUUUUUGGUGCCUAAUACCACACGAUGGGUGUGCCGGUUUGGUGCAAAACGAAUUGAAUGACGUUAAAAUAUGGUUUGAUGAAAGAACAAACGUUUCUAACAAUGGAUUUCCACACAAAUAGAUAAUUAAAAGUGACAGAAAAUACAUUAAAAUGAUAUUAAGUCAUUAGUCGGUGUUGCGACCUGUUAACGCUUGUCAAAUUUUUGGUAUAAAUUAUUUUUAUUUAAUUGUGUUGCUAUAUUUGUACAAAACUUGAAUAUUAUAUUGUUUUCUUUAAAGCAAGCUAUAUUACAAUGCUCAAACACUAA